AUGGAGGAGAAGGUGCUGGAUCACCUGAUAGAGAGGUUGGUGGAGGGUAAGAAGAGCAGGGACGCCGGGAAGAGGGUCGCCCUCGAGGAAGCCGAGAUCCGGCGGCUCUGCGUCGCAGCCAAGGAGGUGUUCCUCAGCCAGCCUAACCUCCUCGAGCUCGAGGCCCCCAUCAACAUUUGUGGUAAAUCAAUCAAACAGUCAAUCGACUUGCAGAGGAAAGAAGGGGGCCUCUUCCUGUGAAGGUUUCCUCACCCGGGUCGUCCUCUUCCUCUACAUUUGAUCGAUAUAAUCUGGUGGAUCGAUCUUGUUCUGAUCCAGGGGACAUCCAUGGCCAAUUCUGCGACCUGCUGAGGCUGUUCGAGUACGGAGGGGGGCCGCCAGGGGCCAGGUAUCUCUUCCUGGGGGACUACGUCGACAGGGGGAAGCAGAGCAUCGAGACCAUCUGCCUUUUGCUGGCCUACAAGGUGAGGUACCAAGGGAGCUUCUUCCUCCUCCGGGGGAACCACGAAUGCGCCUCCAUCAACAGGAUCUAUGGCUUCUACGACGAGUGCAAGCGGCGGUUCAGCGUGCGCCUGUGGAAGGCCUUCACCGAUUGCUUCAACUGCUUGCCGGUGGCGGCGAUUAUCGACGGGAAGAUCUUCUGCACCCACGGGGGGCUCUCGCCGGAGCUGGAGAUGCUGGACCAGAUUAAGGAGAUGGAGAGGCCCGCGGAGGUGCCCGACCAGGGGCUCCUCUGCGACCUCCUCUGGUCGGACCCUGAUAGGGAGAUCAGGGGCUGGGGGGAGAACGACAGGGGAGUUUCCUUCACCUUUGGGCCCGACAGGGUGACCGAGUUCUUGAAGAAGCACGACCUCGAUCUGGUCUGUAGGGCUCACCAGGUAAAGCUCGCUCUGGUCUGGUCUGGUCUGGUCUGGUCUGGUCUGGUCCUCCAUUGACGCCGCCGGUGAUGACCGGAAAGGGAGCAGGUGGUGGAAGAUGGGUACGAGUUCUUCGCCGACCGGCAGCUGGUGACCAUCUUCUCCGCGCCCAACUACUGCGGCGAGUUCAACAACGCCGGAGCACUGAUGAGCGUCGACGCGGGCCUCCUCUGCUCCUUCCAGAUCCUCAAGCCCCACCACCGGGGGAAGGCGGCGGCGGCGCCGGUCGCGGACUGA